AUGAGCGGCCCCUACCCGUAUGCCGGCUACGGUGGCGGCGGCUACCCGCCGAUCCCGUUGGACCCCGCCUACCCCGGCGCCCCAGGCGGUCCGCAAGCCGGACAGGGCCCACCGAGGACGCCGGGCUCCGAAUCGCAGGCCCCGUUCUACUCCCCCACGGCCCCAACGGCGCCGGCCGCCUACCCGCCGGCCUACCCCAGCCAGGGCUCCGCCGCGACGGCCUACCCGGUGCCCACCUACAACGGCGGCGGCCCGCCGCCGGCGAACGGCGGACAGGUUCCCGGAUACGGACAGGGCGCGUCGCCGGCCUAUCAAGCGUCCCCGUACCCUCCCCAGUCCGUGGCUCCGCCGACGAGCUACCCCCCGUACGGUGUGCCAUUCCCACCCGCGCCUGGCGGGAGUGCGGCCUACCCGGUUCCCGCGGGGGCCUAUCCGCCGUACCCCCAGGUGACCCCGCCCCAGGGGGGCGCGCCGGCUUACCCGCCCGUGCCCGGCGACCAGGGCAGCAAGGUGUACGGCCAGCCCGAGGGCAGGAGCCGGCCGGGCGGGCACUACCAACCGGGCCCGUACCCGGUGCCCGCAACGGGCGCGAGCAGGCAGCAAGUUACCGGCCCUGCCAUGCAAACAGGAUACUCAGGGCAAGUAAGGCCUCAGCAUCAAAGGCCAAGGAAGAAGGCGCUGGUCAUUGGCUGCAACUACCCAGGGACCAACGCGGAGCUCAAGGGUUGUAUUAAUGAUGCAAAUUACAUGAAGCACAUGUUGAUGACAAAAUUCAAGUUCCCAGAGGAGAACAUAAGGGUUAUGACAGACGACCAGGGAGGGCCACUGCGCCCCACCAAGAGGAACAUAUUUGCAGGCUUCAUGUGGUUGGUGCAGGGUGCCCAGAAUGGGGACAGGCUAUUCCUGCAUUUUUCAGGUCAUGGCUCGCAGAAGAGGGACUACAGUGGGGAAGAGAAGGAUGGAUUCAAUGAGACCCUCCUUCCAACGGAUUAUCGGACAGAGGGCCAGAUAAUCGACGACGAGGUGAACAUCAGGGUGGUGAAUCCUUUACCCAAUGGCGUGGUACUCCACUGUGUGAUUGACGCCUGCCACAGUGGCACUGCCAUGGACUUGCAGUACUACACCAAAUGCAGGCAGGGGCGGUUCGAAUGGAAAGACAACUACAUGUAUAGGAAGCCAGCCAGGUCGAAGGGAACUUCCGGGGGCAUCGCCUUCCAGUUUGGUGCCUGCAAAGAUUCCCAAGUCGCCCAGGACACAGCGGAGCUUGGUGGCACAAACUCGGGCGCUGCAACGUACAGCUUCAUCGAGGCAAUAGAGAUGGGGGACAUCAACCAGAGCUAUGGACAAAUUCUUUGCCACAUGCAGAAGUCCAUGGACAAGCUGGCAAGAAUAAAUGGAGACAACUUGGGAGGAGGCGUCGUUGGCAUGCUGGUAGGGAAGGUGAUGGGGAUCGGAAAGCAGACGCCUCAGCUCAGCUGCUCCAGCAUGAUAGAUCUAGGAACCCCGCUUAUGGUUUGA